AUGACACUAAUUCUUAGUGUUGGUGCUCACAAAAACCAUGUAAACGAAUGGGAUAGCGUUGAAGAAACCAAUACUAACAGUAUUAAAGAAUGGAUAUGCCAAUCUUCAUGGGCUCCAUACGUAUUCAUCUGCAAAACUGAUACAACAUCCACUACUACUACAGAAUCAACAACUGACACUACAACAGAAGACACAUCAACAUCAAGUUCUACCGAUAGCACAUUUGAAUUAGAAACUACUACUCCUGGUACUACAGAUAGUACCGACAGUUCAUCGUCUCCAUCAUCUCUUGAACGUGCUUAUUGGUGUCAUCUUGCUAAUGGUACAUAUUUAUCACUUGGUUAUUCAUUUAUGCAUACACCAUGUGCAUUAUGUCAAUGUACACAAUUACGUUCUGUUAUUUGCACUACACUUCGUUGUAUGGAUACUUAUUGUAUUGAUGAUUCUACACCAAUUUCUAGACAAGACCAAUGUUGUGCACAAUGUGCAUAUGAAGCAACAUCAACUUCAUGCGCAUAUAAUGGUAUCACAUUCCCACAUGGUACAAUCAUCAGAAAUAUAGGAAAUAAUUUAAAAUGCUGGUGUCAAUUAGGAACAGUUGAAUGUCGUAGAUCUACAGCUUCCAUUUUUGCAGGUUUAGAUGUAUGGGGAACUGGUACAGCAGUUUAUAUUAUUAUUAUUAUCGUAUUGGGUAUGUUACUCCUUGGUACAUUACUUUGUUGUAGUUGUACAGCUUUAUAUUAUUAUUAUUAUCACCGUAAUCGACAUGUUGUUCAACAAGUUUAUGACCAAUAUUGGAAUAAUGCUGGAUGGCAACCAAUGAGUGAAGAAGGACAUGUUGUUGAUGGUAAUGCUGGUGAAAAGCAAGUACAAGCCGAACAAAAUCAACAGGAAUUUGAACAUCCAACUGGUAAUUCAGAAGCAUAUAUUCCACCACCAUAUGCGCUCUACAAUGGUGCUAAUGCAGCUGACGAAAAGGCCAAAGAUCAAAAAUUUAUGUGA